GCGCCUGUCUCGCGAUAGCCGCCGACUGUCGUCGUUGUUGCCGCGCGAGCUCCCCGAGCGGUCUGUGUUGAAUGCUCUGCGUGAGAGACAUUCCCUCCACUGAAUCCUGUCAAACCCGUUCCCCGAUCCAGGUCAUGCAUGCAUGCAGCAUCACCACUGCUUCAGGAUGAACCACCUUGAAGGUUGGAACGAACGAAGUCGCUAGCCGGAUGAAAUUGGAGAUGCGGCAGGCCGAAAAGCAGCUUGCUGGCUGGACGAGUGGCGUCAGCUGCGAGGUGCGGUCACUGAGCACGGCGACGCUAACAACAUCCAUCCUCCAGCCGUUGCAGCGUGUAACCCAAGGAUAUCGCCACUGGCAGGCAGCUGGUACAGAUCGCAUCUCGCGAGCGCUGCAUGGAUCCAGCACGUGGAAAAAUUUGAAUCUGUCGAAAACACCACGAUGCAUUCGUCCGGUCCAACAUGUGCCGAGCUUUCCUGGACCUGCGACGCUUCCUGUUCCCCAACGGCACUCGUCAUUUCUGCCACGGCGACGGCACACGGGGGGCUGCUUUCGUGCUACUUUGAGUGGGUCGCCGGCCCGACCGAACUAGAGAGAGGGGGGUGGUAACCCCCACCUGUUGACGAUGCGCAUUGCCAGAAAAAUGCAGAAACGAUCCAAAGACAACUCGGCAUGUUCGAUUCGGCUAAUCGACUAACAGUGGGCGUCCAUCGCCCUGCUACGGCCGGUCCAGCGCUCCCUCUAUUUGCGUGCAUUGCGCGGGCACAGCAACUACUUCUAGACGCUUUUUCUCGGGCAACUGACCACGUACGUCGUCGCAGUCAAGUCGCUUCUUCGUCGGUAUCUCGACGGGGACACGGCCAUCCUGGCGUGUAUCGACAAGUCGGCGAAGCGAAGGCAGACAUCGUUGGCCUUAACAGUGUGUACACAAACGACUCGGUCGACUGUGAAGCAUAUUCCACCGACGGGAUGCUUCAAUAUUGGUUCUACCCAUCUCUCUUGUCCCAACGCCACUGCUCUCGUCGACCAUGCCGUGCAGAACCCAACACCGUCGUUUCAGCUGCUAACGCCGCACGAGAACCAAGACGUCCAGCCAGCAAUGUGAAUACAUCUUCACCCGGCGCACAACGAGCAAAAAUAGAGACCGACGACAGCGACGAGGAUGCAGGCGUGCGCAUCGUGGUGACCUCGCAGCUUGUGGUAUGGUGCGCCAUGCGACCUUUGUGCUUAGAGGUGCCUUCACUAAGCACUUCGUCGACGUGGGAUGGCGAAGGUCGUCGCCCAAGCCACGAUCCGCGCAUUCGAUGAGUAUGUUGCAUGCUUCGACGGACUCGUUGGGUUGCAACCACGUUCCUUCAUCCUCGACCCCAACAGCGCCAGCCAUGCAAUCCAUGCUCGAGCGUCUUGUUUUCACCGGCAAUAGGCGGCACGACCACAAGGCUGGGCUCUGCAUAGUGUGCGUCCCGCCCGACCUUGUCUUGGCGCCGUCUUCGGCUACCUUUGCAUCACGCUCAACGACCUAGCGUAACUCGGUUGCACUAAACUGCGCAAACCAGCUCCAAUGAACAGAUUUGCUAGAGCUGGACGAGGUGAUGGUUUCUUGGGUUGCUCUCGAGCAAGUCCUCUACGAUCGCUUGCCUGGUCAACGGGCGUGACCUCCGAUUUGUUCGUUCAAUUCCAUCGAGCCUGGAGGUAAAGGCCGUCGCGCAGAAAAGUCCAGCCCCCUGAACCCAGCUAUCAAACUGAUGGAACGCGGUUGAGUGGUCCCAUGGCGUUGCAAGCUGAAGCAGAGAAUGGUCAACCGCGGUUCCAUGUUGGUCAAGAGAGGCCCAAGUGAAGCAAGUCCAUUAUGACGCAUACACGUUUGCUAGGUUAGUGCAUGUGCUUGAGCAUGAGUAUGAUGG